AUGGCUGGCGCAAAAGUUGAUUCGCUUCAGUCCAUCAAUGUGCAAUUGAAUGGGCAGAAUUAUUCGUAUUGGCAUUAUGUCAUGAAAAUUUUUCUGAAAGGGAAACGUAUGUGGGGUUAUGUUUCUGGAACUUCCACAAAACCGAAGGACGAUAAGGAUGAGAGCUUUGCAGAACAGUUCGAUCUUUGGGAUGCCAAAAAUUCGAAAAUCAUCACUUGGGUCAACAACUCGGUUCAACAAUCAAUCGAUAUCCAGUUGGAAAAAUAUGAGACGGCGAAGGAAGUUUGGGAGCACUUGGAAAGGCUGUAUACACAGUCUAAUUUCGCAAAGCAGUAUCAGUUGGAGAUUGACAUUCAGGCCCUUCAACAAAAUAGCAUGAACGUUCAGGAAUUUUAUUCUACUAUGUUUAAUUUGUGGGAUCAACUUACUCUGAAUGAAUCAGCAGAGUUACAGGCAUUUUCCCCUUACAUUGCUCAGAGAGACGCACAACGUUUGGUUCAGUUUUUGAUGGCUCUUCGAGAUGAGUUUGAAGGUCUUCGUGGAACAAUCCUGCAUCACAGUCCUCUUCCGUUGGUUGAUUCGGUGGUUAAUGAGUUGUUAGCAGAAGAGAUGCGAUUGAAGUCUCGAGUUUAUAAACAGGCAAUGGCUAAAGAACUCUCUGCGUUGUACAAGACACAUACUUGGUAUAUUUUUCCUCUUCCUGUGGGGAAGCGUGCUAUUGGUUCCCGUUGGGUUUACAAGAUCAAGACUAAGUAUGAUGGGUCAGUAGAGCGGUACAAAGCUUGUUUGGUUGCUAAAGUGUAA